AUGGCUGAUGGGAAUGAGGAAUGGAAAAAAGUGUUAAGCAUUAGGAAGAAGAAAGGAAUGGCUUACCGCACCGUAGGGCUGGAGAAAGAGGAAGAACAUCGAAUAUCCCAUUCAGACCAAAAUGAAGCAGUCAGCAGUAGUGAGGAUGAUGAUAUAAAAGGUGGAGAAAAAGUAUUUGUUGAUCUAGUCAGUGGUGAGGAUGAUGAUAACACUAUGCAGUUAAAGACAAAAGGGCAAAACACUAAGGACUCAAAUAGGAAUAGAUCACUAGGGAAGAAAGUUGAGGAGGAAGAAACUCAAUGUAUGAGUUUUAAUAGUGAAAAAGAAGAAGAAGAAGAAGGAGGAGAAAAAGAUGAAGAUACUUAUGACAUUGAGGAUGAUAAUGACUUUAAUGUUGACGAUGACUGGUAUAAUUGUGAAGAAGAAGAAGAUGAAGAUACUGAUGACGAUGGUGAUGACUAUAUUGGUUAUGAUGACCGGUAUGAUUUUGAUGAUGAUGAUGACUAUAGUGGUUAUGAUGGUUAUGAUGAUUGGCAUGAUUAUGAAGAUGACGAUGAAGAAGAAGGUGGAGGCUUUGGUGGCGGUGCUGGACUAGGUGGUGGACGCUUCUAUGGUGGUGGCGAACUUGGUGGCCUUGGCGGUGGCUUUGGUGGUGAUAAUUAUGACAAUGAAAAAGAAGGUGCAGGUUUUGGUGGCGGUGCUGGACGGUUCAGUGGUGGUGGCGAACUUGGUGGCCUUGGCGAUGGCUUUGGUGGUGGAGCUGAUACUCAUGGGAAGAUAUUUGCACAAAUUCUUAAUGGCUGA